GGUUGUUGGGCUUGCAGGACUCUUAAACUCAUCACUUGCCUGAUGGUAGCUUUGGGAACAAACCACCAAAGAUAAUGACCCAAUGGAAACUUCAGCCGUGAAGGAGGAGAAAAAGUAAACAAACACCAACACAUUAGAAAUGGGUGCAGAAAUGAUGAUGAGAAGAAUCUGUGACUAAGUUUUGGAGGCUCUGAGGUAGACAUUGCGAAGGGAUGGUGGUCUGUUCAUGAGCUGACAGCACCUUCUCCUGGUGUAUGAAGCAUCUUCUCACACCUGGGGUAAUUAGUAGUGCUUGCAUUUCAUUGAAUGAUCUCAAAGCACUUCACAAGAGGAGUUUCUCCUUCUGGCUUUGAGAGCGUUGCUCUUGUAGAAGAGGAUCUGAACGGCGAGCUGAUGAACGAAGACAUACGUAUCCAUAGCUGGCCUUGUUCGUACUAUUUGGACACCAGCAAACAAUGGGUCUCUGGCAGACUAUCUCUGACUCCUGUUGCGAUCAAAUUUAUAGCUGACAAGACUGGGGAGCUUUUGGUCAACUUCCAUCUUUCUAGUAUCAGUGAGAUCAAGAAGGAAUCUUCAAAUUUAAUCUUCAGCUCUCUUACCAUCUUAGAGAAGAGCACCAAGCACUGGUUCAGUUCUCUGCAACCCAGCAGAAAUGUGGUGUUCAACAUCCUUGAGCACUUCUGGAGGGAGCAAUUGCUGUCAAGUGAAGGGGCAGGAGCAGAAGCAGCAGCUUUGCAGUCAACAAAGGGAAAAGAACUGACCGGGUUAUUGACUGGAUCGCAGAAGCGACUGGAGGACACAGCAAAAGUGCUGCAUUACCAGGGCGAGCAGUUUGAUAACAUCAUGAGAGGACUCAACAGGAUCGAAGGGGAUAUGGAUGUGGCAGAUAGGUUGUUGACUGAGCUCGAAUCUCCUUCUUGGUGGCCAUUUAGCAGCAGGCUCUGGAAAGCGCCAUUGGAAACCAAGCCAAAGGAAACUGCCACAGUUUCCGAUUCGAAGAACCAGGAAGGAAUCAUAAUUAGAAUUCCAGUUAUUAUCACCCACAGAACAGACUCAAAUGUCAAGCCAGGAAAACUCACGCUCUUCGCUUCUGGCCUGGAAAUCAGUGACUGCAAUUCUCAGGUCAUUCACCGGUUUGAAUCAAAGGAUGUGGAUGAUAUCAGAGUUCAUACGCCAUAUGAAAUCAGUGUCCGACAGAGAUUUAUUGGGAAGCCCGACACCUCUUACCGGCUCUUGUCAGCAAAGAUGCCAGAAGCAAUCCCCAUCUUGGAGAUGCAGUUUAGCAAGAAGAUACAGUUUUUAGAAGAUGCCCUAGGAUUUGUUGGUGCCAGGAAGUCUCCACAGGUAGAUUUGGGGACGUCCAUUUGGCAAGCAGCCACAGGACUCCUGGGAGGAGUGGUGCAGCCCAGCUCUCCGGUGGGAGACAGAGGAGGGAUUGACGAUGACCAGGUUCAGCUACAGAAGCAAGAGAAAAUCUCCCAGGAAGAAGCAAAAGAGCUUAAACAGAUACUAAAGAAACUGAAAGGCCUUGCCUUGGAGACGGAAGCUGAACUGGAGAGACAGGACGAAGCUCUCGAUUCCAUCACUACCUCCGUAGAUCGCGCGACGCUGAAUAUCGACAAGCAAAACCGCAGAAUCAAGAAACUAACGUAGCGCCCGCGUGAGACGGUGGGGAUGGUGUCAUGAGGAAGAGGAGGGUCGGAGAACUGAAUUUCUCAAGACUGUUUCUUUAAUAGACGCUUUGAUUGCACGGGAGGUGUUUGCAGUAUUGCCUGGAAUACGAUGCUGCUGUUGUCGGGUUCCUGAGGGUUUUGAAAAUGUUUCCAGACUUGGACGAUGUUUGAAGGCUGGUUUAGGAUUAAAAAGGCCAAGAAUUUUAAUUACGGUGAAAAAAUGAUAGUGGAUUCUUUACUACAGAAAAUCUGUAAAUAUGAAGGGAUGUGAUAUAAUCUGAAUCAACUUUUACGUGCUUUUUUUAUGUUGCUGCUUUGGAAUUUUAUUUUUUUUUUUUUUUGUUGCAACAAAGAAGUGAAGGAAAAACGAACAGCAUAUGAGACUACUUUAUAUGAUUACAGCCUAUUAAUUCUCUCUCAAGGUCUUUCUUUAAAAUACUUAAUAGCCGAACUAAGGGCCAGAUGUCCAACUGCAAGUCAUUGAGGCAUUUUUUUUUGGAAGUUAAUGCUGAGGUGAGCAAAUGAUGGUGAUAAAACCUUGUGUUCCCUGAGCAAAUAGUUUUAAUAGGUUUCAAUCAUGGUUUCAAUAUACCCAGAAAUUUUAUAAGAGUAGUGAAGACUUAGUGGCCACAGCUGUCUGAUGCCAUGUCCUGGGAAAUCAAGAGAAGAAGGUUAGUUAAUGUGCAUGUAUCAGUACAGGCACCUACUUAUUGAGCAGAUUUUUGGGUUUUUGCUAUUUGAUAAAUGUUUUACUGACUUAAGUCACUUAUAAAAAAUAAGUGUCAAAAUUGAAUACAUGCUUCUACUUUCCAAAAAGGGACUGCUGAUCUUCAGUGAUCAUCUGCAUGUUUUUGUGUGGUUUCUUUUUCCUUUUUAAACUGCACACCUAGGGUAGGAAUUGAUUUUUGGAGUGGAGAAAGCGAUUUUCUUCACGGGCAAAUUUAUUCAGUUCUUGGAGUUUGCUGUUUGCAUCCCUGUGCACACAGUGGAUUUAUAUUUUGGGUAAUUGUCUGACAUGGGAUGCGGCGUCUUCAAAGCAUCAAGAACAUAGUAUUCACUAAGUGUGGUGCCUAAAUGUUGGAUCUGGGCUGCCACAUCUCUGAUGGAUAUCUCUUGUCUCUUUGCUUCUCUGUCUUUCAUAUUCCAAGGAUCUCCUAUUGUUUGUCUCCGACUCUCUAAAUAGGAAUUUCAUGAGUUGUGUGGAGCAUCAUGUGGUUUUUGUGUGUCUCCUCCAGAUUCACAGGCCAUGGGGCCUAUGGUCGGAGCUGUAGGCCUCUGUGUGGCAUUUGAUAGUCGUGGUACAUGCACCUAUGUGUCUUUUAUUUAAUUUUUGUGAUUAGGUUUUGUGCUGGGAGUAUGCUAUAGACCACCCAACCAGGAUGAGGAGACAGAUGAAGUAUUCUAUAAGCGGCUGGCUGAAGUCUCGCAAUCGCCAGCCCUUGUUCUGGUUGGGGACUUCAACCUGACGGGUAUCUGCUGGAAAUAUAGCACAGCAGAGAGCAGACAGGCUAGGAGGUUCCUUGGGUGCAUGGAAGAUAACUUCCUGACACAACUGGUAAGGUGAGCCUGUUCAGGACACUGGUUGAGAGAGUCCCUUGGGAGAUAGUCCUGAAGGGCAAAGGGGUCCAGGAGGACUGGACGCUUUUCAAGAAGGAAAUCUUAAAGGCCCAGGAGCAGGCUGUCCCCAAGUGUGGCAAGUCUAAAGGGCGGGGGAAAUGGCCAGCCUGGAUGAACAAGGAACUUCUGAUGGAACUUAGGAAUAAAAGGAGGGUUUACCACCUUUGGAAGGAGGGACAGGCAACUCAGGAGGAGUACAGAGAUCUCGUUAGGUUAUACAAAGAGAAAAUUAGGAAGAACAUUGUAAGUGAAGAUCAGGUUCGUGACCAUCUGAUGAACCUGAAAAGCGAACAAGUCCAUGGGACCUGAUUUGAUACAGGUACUGAAGGAACCACAGGUACUGAAGGAACUGGCGGAUGAGGUUGCUAAACCGCUCUCUGUUAUAUUCCAAAAGUCACGGCAGUCUGGUGAGGUCCCCACUGACUGGAAAAGGGGAAACAUAAUCCCCAUUUUCAAAAAGGGAAAGAAGGAGGAACCAGGGAACUAUAGGCCAGUCAGUCUCACGUCCAUGCCUGGUAAGAUUAUGGAGCAGAUCCUCCUGGAGGCACAGCUGAGGCAGAAGAAUAACGAAGAGGUGAUUGGGUACAAUCAACACUGCUUCACCAAGGGCAAAUCGUGCCUGACAAACCUGGUGGCCUUCUAUGAGAAGGUCACAACAUCAAUAGACAAGGGGAGAGCAACUGACGUCAUUUACCUGGGCCCGAGCAAAGCCUUUGACACUGUCCCACAUCACAUCCUGGUCUCCAAGCUGGUAAAAUAUGGGUUUGAUGGGUUUGAUUCAGUGGAUAAAGAACUGGCUUGACGGCCGCACCCAAAGAGUGGCUGUCAAUGGGUCCAUGUCCAAGUGGAGGCCAGUGACGAAUGGAGUCCCUCAAGGACCAGUACUGGGACCGGUCUUGUUUAACAUCUUUGUCAGUGACAUGGACAGUGGCAUAGAGUGCACCGUCAGCAAGUUUGCUGACGACACCAAGCUGUGUGGGGCGGCUGACACACUGGAGGGAAGGGAUGCCAUCCAGAGGGACCUUGACAGGCUGGAGAGGUGGCCCCAUGCCAACCUCAUGAAGUUCAACAAGACCAAGUGCCAGGUCCUCCAUCUGGGUUGGGGCAAUCCCAAGCACCGAUAUAGGCUGGGCAGGAACUGGCUUGAGAGCAGCCCUGAAGAAAAGGACUUGGGGGUGCUGGUGGACGAGAGGCUCAACAUGAGCCAUCAGUGUGCACUAGCAGCCCAGAAAGCCAAUCAUAUCCUAGGCUGCAUCAGGAGAAGCGUGGCCAGCAGGUCGAGGGAGGUGAUUCUCCCCCUCUACUCCUCUCUCGUGAGACCCCACCUGGAGUACUGCAUCCAGUUCUGGAGUCCCUACUACAAGAAAGCUAUGGAUGUCCUGGAAUGUGUCCAGAGAAGGGCCACGAGGAUGAUCAGAGGGCUGGAGGACCUUUCCUAUGAGGACAGACUGAGAGAGCUGGGGUUGUUCAGUCUGGAGAAAAGAAGGCUCUGAGGAGACCUUCUAGUGGCCUACCAGUAUCUUAAGGGGACCUCCAAGAAAGCUGGGGAGGGACUUUUUAGGAUGUUGGGUAGUGGUAGGACUAGAGGGAAUGGAUUAAAACUAGAGAUGGGUUGAUUCAGACUGAACGUUAGGAAGAAGUUCUUCACCAUGAGGGUGGUGAGACACUGGCCCAGGUGACCCAGAGAGGUGGUGGAAGCCCCAUCCCUGGAAGUUUUUAAGGCCAGGCUGGACGGGGCUCUGAGCAACCUGAUCUAGUGGGAGGUGUCCCUGCCCGUGGCAGGGGGGUUGGAACUAGGUGAUCUUUAAGGUCCCUUGCAACCGUAACAAUUCUAUGAUUCUAUGAAAUGGUCUGAAGUUGCAGCAGGUGAGGUUUAGAUUAGAUAUUAGGAAGAAUUAUUGUACAGAAAGAGUGGUCAGGCACUGGAACAGCCUGCCCAGAGAGGUGGUUGAGUCACCAUCCCUAGAGGUAUUUAAGAAACAUAUAGAUUUGGCACUUCAGGGCAUGCGCUAGUGGCAGAGAUUGUAGGGUUUUUAUGUGUGUGUGUGUAUGGUUGGACUCAGUGAUCUCAAAGGUUCUUUCCAACCAUGAAGAUUAUAUUCUGUGAUUCUAUUUGCACUAACUGGUGGUGAAGCAUUUCAAGACUUCUUGUAGACCUGUAUUUCUAAAAUAAAAGGGAAUACCAUCAAUUAUCUAGUUGGUUUUGUUGAGUUUACAGUUGGCUUCAUCAAGACUACAGGAGAGUGGGGACCUUUUCCCCUCCUAACUUACUUAAUAUUACAUAGGAGAGGUUCCAGGUAAUCCAUAUAUCCAUCGCCUGUGGCAGAGAACUCACAUUUCAUCAAUUCCUACAGUUUACCAGCUAUUUUAGUUCAAAAGUAGCUGUUGUAAUGUGUCUUUUUUUUUUUUUAAAGUGUUUUUAUAUUAAAAAUUCUUCUUGUAUUGCUUUCAAAUACAACACUUUUGGUGCAAUAUUUUUAACUAGUGAAGCUUUGAACUGUUUAUUCCAUUGAUAGCAGCUGUAAAAUGUUUCCUGUUUCAGAGAAAUUCAGCCCUGCCUUUUAAAGAAAGACACAGUAAAUCACGUAGAGGAUGUUGUUUUCAAGAUCUUACUCUACCUUGUUUUGUAUUACUUCAUAUUAGUUUGUUAGUAUUGGAGUAAAAUGUACUUCUGCACUUCAAAGUCUUAAUUUACAGUCCAAGUUGUUACUGGCAUGCACUUUACCUACUUGCUGAAUAUGGUGAUUAUAUAUACAUACACUAUGUACUGUGAAAUAAAAUAUUGUCUGGA